GUUAUUUCACAAACGAAGAAGACGGCGACCGGAAGUUACGCCAAAUUUUGUCAUGGCGUUUCACAUGUAUCAAUGCAUGUAAUUCACUGAGCUUCAGAAAUUGAAUAAAACAUACUUUCAGGAGCUUUGAAGGUAGUAAGGUAUUCUAACUGUCUUUCAGACUCCCAGGACCAAAAAAAUGAGCACUCAAUAUAGCAUUCUUUUCAAGCAAGAACACGCACACGAUGAUGCUAUCUGGACAGCAGCGUGGGGUAAAAGUGAGGCGGAUGGGACGGAGACUAUAGUCACCGGCUCACUAGAUGAUAUGGUGAAAGUCUGGAAAUGGUCAGAUGAGAAGCUGGAGCUGCAGUGGACUCUGGAGGGCCACCAGCUGGGUGUGGUGUCAGUGGACAUCAGUCACAACGGAGCGAUCGCCGCCUCCAGCUCCCUCGACGCUCACAUCCGUCUCUGGGACCUAGAGUCGGGGAAACAGAUCAAGUCCAUGGACGCCGGUCCAGUUGACGCAUGGUCGGUCGCCUUCUCCCCAGACUCUAAAUACAUUGCCACAGGAAGCCAUCUUGGCAAGGUCAACAUCUUUGGUGUGGAAAGUGGCAAGAAGGAAUAUUCCCUGGACACUCGAGGAAAAUUCAUCCUGAGUAUAGCUUACAGCCCUGAUGGAAAAUAUUUGGCCAGUGGAGCCAUCGAUGGAAUCAUCAACAUCUUUGACAUUGCAACCGGAAAGCUGCUCCACACACUGGAAGGUCACGCCAUGCCCAUCAGAUCCCUCACUUUCUCCCCCGACUCCCAGCUCCUGGUCACAGCCUCCGACGACGGCUACAUCAAGAUAUAUGACGUGCAACAUGCCAACCUGGCCGGCACACUGAGUGGACACGGAUCCUGGGUUCUGAAUGUGGCCUUCUCCCCAGAUAACACCCACUUUGUCUCGAGCUCAUCUGACAAGAGUGUGAAGGUUUGGGACGCCAGCUCCAGAGCGUGUAUCAACACUUUCUUCGACCAUCAAGACCAGGUGUGGUGUGUGAAGUACAACAGCAACGGCUCAAAGAUCAUCUCGGCUGGAGACGACCGCGCCAUCCACAUCUACGACUGCCCCAUGUGACGGACGACAUCCCGUGCACGCUACAAGAAGAGAGGAUCUACAGAGCUGUUUAGUCAAAUCAUGGAGCUGAAGUUGGUAAUUGGGGAGGGAGGGAAGCUGUAAAUGUGAUGGGGUUUUUUUGCACUGGCCCACUACGGUCAAAUAAAAGGGCUGCUUUUGUA